AUGCAGGCUGGCAUCUCCAGUAUGGAGGCUCAGUCAUCCAAUAUGGAGGCCCCUGCAUCUAAUACACAGGCUCAUGCAUCUAAAGCAGAGGCCCACAAACUUGACGAGCUGCCUCUGUUAGUCCAGCACCAGAUCUGUGACCUGAUCUACAAGACUUCUCCUACGAGCAUACAUGCCUUGUCGCUAGUGAACCGCGGAUGCUAUUGUGCUACUGUGCCGUUUAUCUAUCGCAGGCUUACCAUUGACGUCUCGAGAAGCAAGAAACUACAUGAGGAACUCUGGGAAUUGACCAACAAUCCUCUCAGGCGCCAGUGCUUCGAACAUGUGAGGCGCCUCGAACUAACUGGCCAGAUGCCGUCCUCGAGAAUACCCGAAGAAAUGGACGACAAUACCUACAACCGGAUGCGGAGAGAGAGGGACUGGCAUUCUAAUUACAUAUUACCCUUUUUCGUGUGGAACCCAGAGGGAGACAAGUCUUCUCGCCUCUGGGCACCCCUCAUUUCUCUGAUAUCGGAGUUUCGGCACCUGACUGACCUCAAGUACACCUGCAAUAACAGAUUUCCAUAUCGCUUGCUUCAUGCUAUUCAUCAACAUCACCCAGCGUGCAGGCUCGACGUACACAGCUACCACUUGCGCGGACUAAGUGAUCUCAUCACCGAUCCGCACAAGCUGGAAUUGAUCAAGUCUCCCUGUCUUCACCGAUUAACGAUCAGGUAUGUCAUGGAAGCUCGAUCGGAGGAUAACUGGGAUGAGGACGAAGAAGAUGACCACAGUGAAGAAUCUAUCCAAACCGUCCUGAGAAGUCUUGGGCUUGCGCCAAAUCUGAAGCAUUUGCAUCUCAUUGGCUGUCUCUUCUACAUCUCAAAACCACUCUUCGACAGUCGUGUAGCAUUUAAGCGAGCAGUAAAGAAGAAGGGUUUCAAGCCUCCAGAAAAUAAUUUGAGACUUGGCGCUUUGGAGUCCCUUUCCUUUACUGGAUACCAGGGCGUCACAAAAGCAAAGCUGCAACAAUGGAAUAAGUACGCUAAUUUUUCAACACUUCGGUCAUUUGCUUGGUCAAAUGUCACCGAUCGCGAGGCCUUGAUAUACGCCUCUGAGAAUCUGAAGUUCGACUCCCUCGAGACCUUGGAGAUUUGUCUAGGAGUUGAGCGUCUUAACCACAACUUUAUGACCGCAGUCGGUAUGUUCCUGGAAAGUUUGAACCCGCUGAUUGCCCUGCGAUUAUAUGGCCUUUUCCAUGCACCCUUGCUAGUAAGGAUUUGUGAGCGCCACGGGAACACAUUGCGCGAAUUGCAGUUGAAGGGCUAUGGAGACUGGGGUUAUGGUGAAGAAGCGAAAACUGCAUCGCUUUCUUUUGUCGAGGUCAUGACUAUCCGGGACCACUGUCCCCUGCUGGAAGAGCUCCAGCUGAGGGUCAAGCGGUUCUAUUCCGAUAGAUGCGAAACCAAAUGCUACAAAGUGCUGUCGACGUUUCCGUGCCUUGUGAACCUAAGCUUGGAGCUUGACUGCUCCAAUCCUGGAGCACAAGACUUGCCUCGCCCAGACGAAAUCAGCCACAACAAAUUCGACCGACAAGUGUACGACAAUAAAUUCGGAACCCCAAGAGGUUUGUUAUGCAAUGCACAUGUCCGAGAUGCCUUUAUCAAUGCGGCUGUCGAUGAAACUUUGGCUCGAUCUAUCUGGGACGUCAUCACCACUACGGGAAAUAAGCCAAUGGGCCACCCUCUUCGGCAACUGAAAAUCACCAGCACCCGCGGUGGCUGGUUCGGGGACUCUCGCCUUGCAGAUCUAUACCGCCGAAUUCGUUACAUAUCACGGUCAUUCGUGCUAACCAGAAGCGAGCGGGAUGACCGCGUGCAAGACGUUGAGAUUGUCGAGACUGGGAAAAAAGAAAGAGAAGCGUACGAGGAAUCCAGGCGACAAGAGGAUGCUCUACACGAAAAACAUAAGGAACUGUUUGGCAACUGUGGCAGCUGUCAUCCCGAAGUGAAGAAAGCUGUGCGCGUCUUUCAGAGGCUCUGGCCCCCGAAGAGUGGCAGCCGCAACUGGCGCGAUGACUGGAGUAGCAAGCCGCUGGAGAUGGUCGACUUUGUGGCUGAAAGCUGA